GCUCCUACUUCUCCUGCAGCGGCGGGAGCGGAGCCACCAGUCUGAGUUGGUUGAUCGGAGGCGACGUUUCACACCGACUGGCACCGUGCGCGGGACAAGAACGAGGGGACGAGCUCCGUGGGUCGUGUCCGCCUCUCGAACCCCGGCCCAGUCCACGCCAUGACCGCGUUCUGGAGGUUUGGGCACUCGGGGCAGCGGCGCGCGGGGGAGAACGGGAUUUAGUGGGAGAAGUUGACUCUCUGCUGCGGUGCCGGAGUCGCGGGGCCACGGCUUCCAGGAUUUCUGACUUUUUUUAUAUUUUCUGUCUGCAAAACCGCUCCUCGGAGCGCGAGGACGUACGGAUUUAAAAGUACUUGAUUUUUUUUUUUGAACAAGUCUGGGUUUCAUCUGAACGUUGACAUUUGAAAUCUCAAAGCCUUGGAGCAGUCGUCAUCAGGGGACACACGACUCGGUGGACGUCGGAGGCCGCCGUUCUGCUGGACCAUGCGAGCGGAGGAUGCGCUGUGAGUCGGGCCCCGCUGCUCCGCGCCGCGCCUCUUCGUCCGGAGGAAUGAGGGCUCUCUGGUGCUCGCUGUGGCUCGCCGUCCUGCUGCCGCCCUGCGUGGCUCCGGCCCGGCUGCCCACCGCCCAGCCCACAGACUCCGGGUCCAGCGAGGCCGCCUUCCUGGAGGACGUCGUCCGGGGCGUCGGGGACACGCUGGAGAUGACCUGCGCAGUGGACGAGCCCUCGGAGACGGGGGUGUGGUUCAAAGACGGCGCCAGGCUGUCGCCCGGCAACCGGACGCAGCUCGGCCAGAGGAUGCUGCGCAUCAUCAACGUGUCGUACGAGGACUCGGGCGUGUACCUGUGCCGACUCGCCCACAGCAACGAGCUGCUCAGCAACUACACCAUCAAGGUGACAGAUUCUUUGUCGUCUGGUGAUGAUGAAGACUAUGACGAAGAGCUAGAAGAAGGAGGUAAUGGAAAUGAUGCUCCGCGUUGGACCAGACCGGACCGCAUGGACAAGAAGCUCCUGGCUGUUCCCGCCGCCAACACUGUCAAAUUCCGCUGCGCCGCGACGGGAAACCCGACGCCGACCAUCCACUGGCUGAAGAACGGCAAAGAGUUCAAGGGCGAGCAGAGGAUGGGCGGAAUCAAGCUCAGACACCAGCAGUGGAGCCUGGUGAUGGAGAGCGCCGUGCCGUCGGACCGGGGGAACUACACCUGCGUGGUGCAGAACAAGCACGGCUCCAUCUCCCAUACGUACCAGCUGGACGUGCUCGAGCGCUCGCCCCACAGGCCCAUCCUGCAGGCGGGCCUGCCGGCCAACCAGACGGUGGUGGUGGGCAGCGACGUGGAGUUCCACUGUAAGGUCUACAGCGACGCCCAGCCGCACAUCCAGUGGCUGAAGCACAUCGAGGUCAACGGCAGCCGCUACGGCCCCGACGAGGUUCCCUACGUCAACAUCCUGAAGAGUGUGGUCAGUAAACACACCGAGGCCCACGCUAAGUUCAAACUGUCCAACGUGACAGAGAAAGACGCCGGGAAGUACUGGUGUAGCGCCUCCAACUUUGUAGGCAAGUCGGAGAACGCGUUCUGGCUCACGGUGCGAGAACCAGCAGUGAGCGCUGGAAAGCAAGACUACGCCGACAUCAUCAUCUACGUAACGGGCUGCGUGCUCUUCAUCCUCGCCGUGGUCAUCGUCAUCCUCUGCCGCAUGAGGAUGACCACGCAGAAGACGCUGCCCACGCCUCCCGUGCAGAAGCUCUCAAAGUUUCCUCUCAAGAGACAGGUAACAGUGUCUUUGGAUUCCAACUCCUCGAUGAACUCCAACACGCCGCUGGUCCGGAUCGCCCGCCUGUCGUCCAGCGACGGACCCAUGCUGGCCAACGUCUCGGAGCUGGAGCUGCCGUCCGAUCCCAAAUGGGAGUUUCCUCGAACGCGGUUGACUCUGGGCAAACCUCUGGGCGAGGGCUGCUUCGGUCAGGUGGUAAUGGCCGAGGCCGUUGGCAUCGACAAGGAGAAGCCCAACAAGCCGCUCACGGUGGCUGUGAAAAUGCUGAAAGACGAUGCCACAGAUAAAGACUUGUCAGACCUGGUGUCAGAGAUGGAGAUGAUGAAAAUGAUCGGGAAACACAAAAACAUUAUCAACCUGCUGGGAGCCUGCACUCAGGACGGUCCCCUCUAUGUCCUGGUGGAAUACGCCUCCAAAGGCAACCUGAGGGAGUACCUGCGGGCCAGGCGGCCCCCGGGCAUGGACUACUCCUUUGACACCUGCAAAAUCCCAGACGAGCAGCUCACGUUCAAAGACCUGGUGUCGUGCGCCUACCAGGUGGCCCGAGGCAUGGAGUACCUGGCGUCCCAGAAGUGUAUCCACAGGGACCUGGCAGCCAGAAACGUCCUGGUGACGGAGGACAACGUGAUGAAGAUCGCCGACUUUGGCCUCGCCAGAGAUGUGCACAACAUAGACUACUACAAAAAGACCACGAACGGCCGUCUGCCCGUGAAAUGGAUGGCGCCGGAGGCCCUGUUCGACCGGGUCUACACGCACCAGAGCGAUGUGUGGUCCUAUGGGGUGUUGUUGUGGGAAAUCUUCACUCUGGGAGGUUCCCCGUAUCCAGGAAUCCCCGUGGAAGAACUCUUCAAGCUGCUGAAGGAGGGACACCGGAUGGACAAGCCUGCCAACUGCACCCAUGAGCUGUACAUGAUCAUGAGGGAGUGCUGGAAUCCGGUGCCGUCACAAAGGCCGACCUUCAGGCAGCUGGUAGAGGACCUGGACCGGGUUCUGUCCAUGACGUCCACCGACGAGUACCUGGACCUGUCGGUGCCCUUCGAGCAGUACUCGCCCACUUGCCAGGACUCCAACAGCACCUGCUCGUCGGACGACUCCGUGUUCGCCCACGACCCGCUGCCCGAUGAGCCCUGUCUUCCCAAACAGCUUCCCAGCAACGGGGUGGUGAGGACAUAGAACCCGGGCUGGGGACACGAGCCUCCUCCCACAGCUCACAGCGACUCGUGACCCGAACCCCUCAAGUUAUGGAAAUGAGAACGUCUGCAUGCAAUACUUCCGCGGUGCUUCAGCUGCUCAGUUCGUCUUACACUCCUGGUGGGAGAUUUGAGGCUCGGGUUCUUCUUCCCGGUCCUUACCCCCAAGAGACUCCAAACAUUGAAGGAUUGUUUGUUGUGUUGUUCUUUUCAAAAAAGAAAUUAUAUUUUUGUACUCGGGCCAGUCUUUUGUUACGGACAGUCUGUGGGGUGAAACCAUUCUGUGCCUACUGGGAUUUAACCUGAAACUGAAAACAGACACUUGGGAAAGAAGAGGAGGGAAUAUAGGGCAUUGAUCCAGUAGGCGAGAACCUCAGAUUUGAUCCUCCUGUCUUCAACAGCCCUUAGCUUGGAAUAUCAACCUCAUGACGGGAUUCGUUCUUCCGAAGAUGCGCAAUAACUUUUACAGAAGAUGCUCGAUGGCCAAAACCGGUUUCAAGGCGAUCGGGGACAAACUGAGGCAAAUUUCAGGGCCAUUCAGUAAUAAGUACAAUGAGGUUUGUUUUUUUUAUGUAUCUAGAGAAUGAUUUAUUGUAAAUAUAUAAAUGCAGAUAUGUAUCAUAUAGCUGUCCACAGCCGUGUACCUAAAAGACAAAAAUUAGAUUUUUUAAAGAGCUGUUUUAGGAUGGAAGCAUUGCAAUCGAGAAGACACUGUCAUGAUCAUGUAAAACAUUUAAUCAUUUAAAGUGAUACAGAAAAGGUUUAUUUGAUUAAUUAACAUGUAUAUUUGUAAAGAUAUUUAUAGACUUAACAUGUGGUUCUUAAGUUGGAAAAGGCCUAGUUUAGGAUUUUAGUACUGUACGCAAAGAUUUUUAUUUCAACUUUUUGUAACUUAUUUUACAACAGAACUGCGGUGUUGUUUUCACAGCUCAAGACUUCUUUGGUUUUGGAUCCAUCUUUAUGAGUAUUUUAAUUUUAAUAGGUUUGUUUACAGCUAAAGAGAUAAGAAUGUAUGGCAAGUUGUUUUUAUUUGAUUUUGUUUUUUUUUUGAUGAACCUCUGAAAUUCUGGGUGGAAAAGGUGACGUUUGCGAUAUCGAAGCAACGAUCGGCUCUUGUUGGGCAGGAAACGGCAGCGUUGGAGCCUUGGAGCAGAGCGGUUUAUGUGCUUAAAGACGCGUGGAGCAUCAUCGAAAAGACUCCACGUCGCAUGCAUUCACCGUUACACAGGCAGCUAGUGAAACAGGAACGUUGCCAAAAACUUAAGCAGCUGUCAGCAUUUUGAAAACGCCGUGAACAGACGCGAAGAUGAUGGUUUGGAGUGGAUCCUCGUCUGCAGGUCACAGGGUCAGUGCCAACGCGCUGCGAGCUCGAAGGCAGGAGCGCAGAGGCUGUUAUGUGCUUUGAGAAAAAAAAAGCGCACCCAGACGCUUGAGAUUCUAUUGCUGCUGUAUAGUGUUAUUACGGUAAUGAAGGUGCGCCGCGCGAUCUGCGAGGAAAUGUUGCCUGUUGGUUGAGGAUGGUGCCAAGCGAGUCUUAAUCCUGUUUCACCCCGUUCUCCGGAUCUGUCGAUUGUAGCGGGCGGAGGUCGCGUGCAGGGGAGGAUCAUGGGAUUGCUGAGCAGAUCGCCCCUCAAUAAAACGCACAAUUGACCCGCUGUUAAAGGAGAAGCGCGGCGUCGCCUCGUUUUAGGUUAACUGCGUUACUAUUAUUGACCGUUAUCACCAAAUGGAUGCUCUUCUACACAGGGUCAAGGUCCUUGCUCAGUGAAAGGUUACACAAAAUUACCAGUGUUUUUACUUCCAGAACAGUUUUUGGUCCAAAUUUAAGUGCCUGGAACAAUUAAGCGAACAAAAACGAGAUCAAAUCAUGUUUUGAAUGUAUAAUGGCAAAAAUCUAGAGUAAUAUAGUUCUUACUAAAAGCAGGAUAUGUAGGUAAAAGCCUGACUUUUUUCAUUUUGUUUUGUUUUGGAGUCACUAAUAGACAUAAGAAGGCACUUCUGUAAAGGUUGGAUGGAUCUAAUGAAAUGGAGGGUUUCGUUUUAUUUAUUCUUCCAUGCUGGGUAAAAGCUUUCCCUAUGGUGAGAGUGUUUUAUUCAUCGCUGUCUGCUUUUCACUGAUGUUUUUCAUUAAAGGGCCUGAUGACGAUGACGAUGAUGAUGCUGAUGCUGUAGAGAAGUCGUUUUGCUAUAUACUGAUGCCCCAUCAGGCUUUGCUCCUGGACUAAUUUAUGCAGUAUUUGGUUUGCUUGUUUUUUUUUUCUGAACGGCCUCUUUGGCCUUAUUUUCCGACUCAUUGCUCCCGUCUCGCCGAUAAAUUACUUUUAAAAUGAUGCAUUUGUUGUUUUGGCAUCUUUGCCAUCCUUUUUAGAGCAACAACAGUAAAACCUGAAGUUUUUAUACAUCAGUACUCCAAACUGCUAAUACGACAGAUUUAAAUUAAAAAACCAGGAAUCCAUGUUUAAAAACAUAUUUGUGAUACGAUUAUUAUCAUUAAUAAAAACAGAGAAUAAUGAAGGUAAAACAACAAAUUCCCUUUUUAAAAGGUUUCUUUGCUAAUGAUCGAGUUGACCCACAGUCUCAGCAGGGAGGGACACGGUCGCACAUCUGCCUUUAACCCAAACGACCACUUCCUUCCGACCGAAUUAUUUAUUCUGUGCUGAAAACAAAAAGAAAAUGGGGCCUGAAGAUGAGGCUCGUGUCUGAGGUGGUUUUGUCCUGCUUCCAGUUUAUAUUGUUAGAUCCUGGUUCGUUUUUACACGGCACAGCUUUUCCUGUUUUAAGUUGUUGAUAUACAGUACAUGAAGCUCAGACAAUUUGAGACAUGAAACCAUUUUCAUAUACAAUUUGUUCAAUUUUAUUUUCAUUCCAUAUCACGUUUCUUUCUUUUAUUUGUUUGUUCUUUGAUUUGUUUUUCCAGUCCCAUAUAAUUUAUUGUUCCUUCUCUGUGUACAUGCGUCUAACAUAGAAAAGUGGAACUAACCAUUUGGCAUUAGGUUUUUUUUGGGAAAUCACAGCUUGUUUGUCAUAAUGUGCCUGUUUUGAUCAUGAUGAAUCCUCGGUUACAUUCCACCACAACAACCCCUGUGGGCAAACGUCUGCCACUGGGGAACAGAACUAUUUCACAACUCUCUCUCUCUCUCUCUCUCUCUCUCUCUCUCUCUGUGCCUGGCGAACUAUGCUGUCAAAAAAAGGUUUUCAAUAAACAUGUUAUAAUAG